AUGACGCCCGCGCGCGCGCUCGAUCGCACGACGUGGCCGCCGAUGGUAUCGCCCGCGUCGGCGAAACCGACGACGUACGAGCCCGCGUACGCGUUCGCUCGAGACGGAUUCGCGAGCGGGACGAAGGAGCUCUCGGAAAAGUCGAGAGCGGCGGUGACGACGCCGGCGACGACGACGCGGGCGCGCGGCGUCGCGCGGGAACUGGACCCGGAUGGUUGUUGGCGUGGAAGCCAGCGUGAAUGGGAGGUGUCGGUGGAUGCACGCGGACGCGUGGACGCGGCGAAGGGGCGAGCUGAAGGAAUUGAGAGCGGGACGCGCGCGCGUCUAGACGCGCCGACGCGCGACGCGGAUCUCGGGCGAGAUGCGAGCGCAGUGGCGCUGGGAUACUUGCCGUCGACGCAGCUGUCGCGGGAUGUAGGGGCUUUCUGCCCGAGCGGAGGAGACAUCGCGAGGGAGUGGCCGUCGCAGAGCGAGCGAGAGCAGCGCGCGAUGUUCGAUCGGCGAGCGAUGGACGAGCGAAUAAAUCAUUUGAGCGGAUCCACGCCGACGCUCGAAGCGAGCGCACCGUCGGCGCUUCGCGCGCCAUCGCAUGACAUUCUGCGUGCGUUCUAUCCGUCGCAGGAGAUGGCGGUGCCGAAGGAGAGAGAGGAGACUAUUCCAUCGAUGGCAUCGACGCGCAUGCUCGAAUCACGCGUGGCCCAACUCGAGUGCGAUCAAGGCGUCUUGCACGAUGAAGUAAACGGAGUGAAGCGCAUUCUUUCGGACAUCAUGAGCACACAGGCGCAUUUAUUGUCUACCAUGACGCAAACGCGCGCGCGAGACGCGACGGACGCGCGUUUUGAGCUCGUGCGACGGCGAGUCGUAAGCGAGCGCGCCGAUUCCGGGCUGAGACGCAGACGCCACAGAGACAACGCCGGAAACUCGCCGAAACCUCGACGCGCGUGUCGCGACGACGAGCGAACCGCCGCCGUAUCCGAUGACGAUGGAUUCACCAAUCUCGGCGCGUCGCAAGACGACGUCGAGGUCAGCGAAUCACAACUCAAAAAAAUCGUCCUCUCACGCAUGCUCUCGCACCAGCGCGGCGUGAAGCGAACGAGCGUCAGCGAUAGCGAGUGA